GUCCUACUGAUUUUGCAUCUAACAGUGCCCUUCCCCAUUCCAACAGGAUUAAGGGCAAAGAGCAAAAUAAGAGGAAGUUAGAAAUAAAUAAUAGUUAAAAGGCAAGUCCACAGAAUCUUCACCAGGUACCCAGUAACUGCCUGACUUGGGACUGAGUCAUCCUCUGUCCAAGCCAGGUAGCAGUUGUCACACCUGUGACGUUCAGGCAUGUUGUUGGUAAGAGCAAUCAGCACAAUAUAUAGUUCCAGCGGAAAUGUCCGGUGACAGAGCACCAUGGCUUCUGACAAAGGUCCUUCAGCUGGAGAUGCCACCUUGAGGAGGAGAAUUGAACCCUGGGAAUUUGAAGGCUUCUUUGACCCUAGAGAACUCCGUAAAGAGACCUGCCUCCUCUAUGAAAUCCAGUGGGGCACAAGCCAUAAGACCUGGCGAAACUCAGGCAAAAACACCACCAACCAUGUGGAAAUCAAUUUUAUAGAAAAGUUUGCUGCAGAAAGACAGUAUUGCCCAUCCAUUCGCUGCUCCAUCACCUGGUUCCUGUCCUGGAGUCCCUGUUGGGAAUGCUCCAAUGCUAUUAGGGGAUUUUUGAGUCAACACCCUAGUGUGACUCUGGUUAUUUAUGUGGCCCGGCUUUUCUGGCACACGGAUCCACAAAACCGGCAAGGACUCAGGGAUCUCAUUAAUAGUGGUGUGACUAUCCAGAUUAUGACAGUCCCAGAGUAUGAUCACUGCUGGAGGAAUUUUGUCAACUACCCACCUGGGAAAGAAGAUCACUGGCCAAGAUACCCUGUUCUAUGGAUGAAGCUAUAUGCACUGGAACUUCACUGCAUAAUUCUAAAUCUCCCUCCCUGUUUAAAGAUUUCAAGAAGAAAUCAGCAUCAGCUUACAUUGUUCAGACUUACUCUUCAAGACUGCCAUUACCAAACAAUUCCACCUCCUAUCCUUUUAGAUAUGGGGUUGAUACAACCUCUUGUGACUUGGAGAUGAAUAGAGUGGUUCCUUCCAUGACACUGUUUCUGUAUCAGGCACUGAAAACCCAUGGAAGAGUGAAUGCUUUUGGAAUGUAGAAAUUUUCAGUUUGUGUUUCUAUACAUCAAAAAUGAAUCAUCCAAAAAAGAAAUUAAAAAAAAAAAUCCUAGUCACAAUAGCAUCAAAAAUAAAAUACCUCAGAAUAAAUUUAACAAAGGAAGUGAAAGGUUUGUACACUGCAAAACCCAGGACGUUGAUGGAAGACAUUGCAGAACAUGCAAAUACAUGAAAAGAUAACCCAUGUUCAUGGGUCAGUAGAAUUAAUUUUAUUAAAAUUUCCAUACUACCCAAAGUGAUCUGUAGAAUAAAUGCAAUCUGUAUCAAGA